AUGUUACAACGUUUGCUUCAAGUACGUUUGGAUGUUAGAAUAUCGAUACGGUCUACGAAAUCACUACUGAGAAUUCCAGUAAGAAGUCAAUCAUGUAAUCAGUGCAAGUUUAGAUUAUUUUCUAGUCACAAGGACGUGAAAUAUUAUGAAAAGUCUUCCUUUAGUAGAGCAAGAAUAUUUUGGUUCAAACCCCGGUACUUUAGCACCCAAGUAGAUGCUGAAAAAAAGACUGACGCAGUCGAUUGUGUAAAAGAAUCGAGUUUGAAAUCUUCAAAGAAAAUCAAUGUAAAAUUAAAAACAUCUGAAUUGAGAAGGUUACUUACUUUAGCAGGACCCGAGAAAUGGACCCUAGCUGGUGCCAUAAGUUUUCUUGUAGUAUCUUCAAGUGUAACAAUGGCAGUGCCUUUUUCUCUUGGUAAAGUGUUAGACAUCAUUUACAGCAGCACAAGCGAUUUAGGGGCUGCUAGAGAGAAGCUGGAUACACUUUGUCUUAUGCUCUGUGGAGUAUUUUUAGUAGGAGGUUUAUGUAACUUUGGAAGGGUUUAUCUAAUGUCCAUAUCUGGUCAAAGAAUGACACAGGCCCUACGUAAACAGGUGUACAGUGCAAUCAUGAGGCAAGAACCAGCUUGGUUUAGUAAAACAUCCACUGGUGAGCUUGUGAACAGACUAUCAACUGAUACACAGCUUGUCGGAAGAAAUUUGAGUGAAAAUGUUAGUGAUGGUCUACGGUCAUUAUUCAUGGUGGGAGCUGGCACAGGAAUGAUGUUCUACAUGUCACCAUCACUAGCUAUGAUUGGACUGUGUGUGGUACCCCCUGUGUCAAUGCUAGCGGUUGCCUAUGGACGUUUUGUUCGUGGCAUAACACGACAGUUGCAAGAUACAUUGGCUGAAACCAGUGAGUUGGCUGAAGAAAAAAUUUCAAACAUAAAGACUGUAAAAGCUUUUAGCAAAGAGAAGCAAGAAUGUGAAGCUUAUGCAAAGCGAAUAGAAAACAUAUUGAAACUCGCCUACAAAGAAUCAUUGGCUGUUGGAAGUUUUUAUGGAAUGACUGGCCUAUCGGGUAACAUAAUCAUCAUAUUAGUGUUAUACUAUGGUGGCGGUAUGGUUGCUACCGAGCAAUUGUCUGUAGGCAAUCUGACCUCGUUCCUGCUGUACGCGGCGUACGUCGGAAUCAGCAUCGGUGGUUUGAGCAACUUUUAUACGCAGCUGAACAAGGGAGUGGGGGCUGCCACGAGGCUAUGGGAGAUCAUAGACAGGGAACCUAGUAUACCAGUCACAGGUGGUCUAAGACCAAAAGAGAGGCCUAAGGGUGAGAUAAUCUUAGACAAUGUGUGGUACUGUUAUGGAGGAGCACCUCUUAUUAAAGGGUUAAAUUUGCAUCUCCUUCCUGGUAAAUCGGUAGCUCUGGUGGGUCGAUCGGGCUGUGGUAAGAGUACCAUAGCAUCUCUCAUAUUGCGCCUUUACGAUCCAGAAAAGGGAAGAAUAACAUUGGAUGGUGUGGACAUCAGAGAAUUAGAUCCUGUAUGGUUGAGAAGUCACAUUGGUUACGUUAGUCAGGAACCAGUUCUGUUCAAUGGGUCAAUAAAAGAAAAUAUUUUGUAUGGUAUAUGCGAUGAUCAUGAUACAGAAGAGGAAGAUAAGAAGAAGGAGCCGGCGUGGGUGUCGGCGGCGCGCACCGCCCACCUGCACGACAUGGUGGCGGGGGGCGGGGGCGGGGGCGGCGCGGGGGGCUGGCAGCGGCGCGUGGGCGCGCGCGGCUCCAUGCUCAGCGGCGGCCAGAAGCAGCGCGUCGCCAUCGCGCGGGCCAUCGUCAAGAACCCAAAAAUCCUGAUUCUAGACGAAGCGACGUCAGCUCUCGAUGCAUAUUCAGAGUAUUUAGUAGAUAAAGCUUUGAAGGAAAUCAGUAAGGAUCGUACGGUCUUAACUAUUGCGCAUCGACUCAGUACAAUACAGUCGGCCGACGAAGUGGCAGUACUAGAAAAUGGCGUCGUCAUAGAGAAAGGGACGUAUCCAGAAUUGAUGGCGAAAGAGGGCGGGUUCUUUAGAGAACUAAUCACACAUCAAACGUUCACUUCCAAAUCUAGAGAAAAAAGGGAUUUACAUAAGACCUCUUAA